CAAAACACGGAAGUAGUUAAAAGGGCUACGAAACCAAAGUUCAAGCUCUUCUGUUGUCCGAAAAAUGUCACAUACAGGUUUAUUCACGUGAACAGUUAAACACACCGAAAUAUUAGGUCACGUAAUUUGCCGAAUAUGUCUUUCUCUUUGGUUUGCAUUGCGGUGGUAUCGUUUGUUCUCGCCAUCCUCGGGCACAUCUUGGUGAUGCCGCCUUCACUGCCCUGCGUCCUCGGCGGCACCGUCGGCGUGUGCUCCCUGGCCGGCAUGGCGCUCGUCUGGAGGGACGUGAGUUCGAGGAUGAAGGGCGAGGGCCGGACGCCGGGCAGUCUGCUGAGCCAGUACCUGGCGGUGAAGGGGGUCGGCUGGCUCGGCCGGCGGCAGAGAAAGAACCUCGAAGCCGAUACUCUCGACGUGAAACGAGUCCAGGAGCAGACGCUGCUGAUGCGCCUGCGCAAAACCGCAGACACAAGUUAUGGAAGACAGUAUGACUUCAACUCCAUUAAAGACAGUGCUGGCUACCGGGCGCGUCACCCCAUCACCACAUACGAGCAUUACCGCGAGCUCAUCGGACGCAUCGCGGCAGGAGAGGAGAAUGUGAUCAUUCCCGGGAAACCGCUGAUCCUGGCCAUGACCUCUGGGACGUCAGGACCUAGCGCCAUGCUGCUCAGCACCAAGGACACCAACACAGAGUUCUUCCUGCAGGGAGUGGCUGUGUGUUUGGAGGCCAUGGGAAGAGCAUUUCCUGCAACAGACAGCCUUCAGCGCACCACCAAGUUUUUCUACUCUCCCACGUUUCGCCAAUCAGAGGCCGGUAUUCCCAUCGGACCGAACUCCUCCACCCCAGCCUCCUCCCGCCAUAUGCUUAACCUCUACACCACCCCAGCAGCCGCAUUUGAGGUUCCCAGUGAGAAGGACACCCUGUACUUGCAUCUCCUGUUUGCUCUAAAAGAUCCCAGCGUGGGAACACUGGAAUCCAACUUCGCUUCGACAGUCUUCUAUGCUUUCAGUGCUUUACAGGAUCGCUGGCAGGAGCUUGUGGAGGACAUAGAACAAGGGAAGGUUAGCAGCGCUCUGGCUCUGGAGGCCAAAGUGAGAUCCAGGCUGGAGGCUCUGAUGAAGCCAGACCCAGACAGGGCCGCUCAGCUCCGGGCCCACUUCCAGGAGGGUUUCCGUGGGAUCGCCAAGCGGCUUUGGCCCCACCUCCACCUGGUGCUGGCAGUGGACUCUGGCUCCAAUCAGAUCUAUGGGGAAAUGUUGAGGGAGAACUACUGCCACGGAGUGCCUUUCUAUUCUCCUUUCUACGCUGCCACUGAAGGUCUGAUAGGGGUGAACCUGUGGCCCCAGGAGCCACAUAGGCGCUACAUGCUGUGUCCUCGGUCAAUGUUCUGCGAGUUCCUGCCAGAGAGGAGCCUGGAGGAGGAGACGCCUCCCACGCUCCCGAUGGAGGAGGUGAAGGAAGGAGAAAGCUAUGAGCUCGUUAUCACAAACGCCUCAGGACUCUUCAGAUAUCGCCUCGGAGACAUCGUGAAAGUAGUUGGGUUUCACAACCAGUGUCCCAUCGUUGAGUUUCAGUACAGACGGGGUCAGAUGUUGAGCGUUCGAGGGGAGAAGGUGUCCGAGGCGUUGUUCCUUAAUGCUCUGAAGAGAGCGGUUGCUCAGUGGGCGGGAGCUCAGCUGGUGGACUACUGCUGCGCCGAGAGCGGCAUCAUGGGAGAUUCCAUAGGAGGCUCAGAUCCUCACUACCAGGUGUUCAUAGAGCUGAAAGGUGUGAGAAACCUCACAGAGGAACAAAGAUACAAGUUGGACGUCUGUCUUCAGCAGGACUCUGCUGUCUACAAGUCCUUUCGGGUCAAAGGCAGCAUCGGACCGAUGAGGGUGCAGCUGGUGGCCGAGGGUGCGUUCAAGGAACUCCGCAAGCACAUGAUGGCAUUCUCCAACACUUCGCCGAACACCUUCAAAAUGCACCGAGUGCUGCGCAGGAAAGAAUACGCUGAAUUCCUGCUGGGGAAAACUGUUUCCUGAAACGUCCCAUUUUUGGAGAAAGAGACAAAGCUUGUGGACUCUGUGGUGAGCGCUGACCAAACUAAAUGUCUCCAGUUCUUUUUUUAUCUACUGCUCAUGAAGGAGUUGAGUUAUUGUGUCGUUUUGGAACUCUACGACACACAAAUCUAACUUCAUGUUUGAGCAAUGCUCAUUCGACAAAUGUGCUUUCUAUUAAAGUGUUUAUUGAGCUUUUACCCUAGUUUUGUUGUACAAAAUGUUAGAGGACGUUGUCUGGCAUCUCAAAUGCAACAGAGAAAAGUAUCCAACCAUCUGAUUCAUAGACUACUUAUCAAUUGUUGUGCUCCGUUUAGCUAAAUCUGGACACAAGUUGUGUCUCUGUUUUUUUUUUCUUCUUCUAAUCAUACACUCGAUUCAAUUUGUAGUUCCAGUUAGUCAUGAUACAUGCUUGAGACCUUUGUCUCCUCAAUUGCCAUUUAAUCUCAGCAAGCCCCCCCCCCCCAUAUCUGCUCUUUUUUCGAGUCUUUUAAUGAAAAGCUGAAUUGUUUUCCUUGUGUCUUGCAUUCUCUUGAUUUAAACCAGACCUGUGUCUGGACUUUACCACCACUAGGGGGGGAUAGUCGUUUAUGUAAGACUUCUGCAAUAUCUGUUACUAAUGCUACUGCUACUGCAGGGAUUAUUGUUUUCAUUUGAAACAGUGGAUUCUUGGUGAUGACCCUGACGUCUAGUGGCUACAUCUUGAUUACUGGUCUCUUGGUGUAAGUCAGAACAUAUAAAACCACAUGCUACAAGUGCUCACAAGAUGUUGAGAGAGUAGAGACUUGAACUGUCUCCAGGAUCAUUAUUGCAUUUCCAGAAAAUGAUCCAAGCAGAAUACUGAACAAACCUGCGACAGAGAUCACCCUCUUAACUUUCUAGGUGUUGUUGAAUGCCACGCUUUUCACGUCUCCCUCUUCACAAAAUGGGCUAAUAUUUUUAGUGAUGUCCCAUUUCAGUAGAGAUUUGUCGCUACUUGCACUUUUAUUUUGGCUUCAAAGUGAGAUCAGGUCAAAAAGGACCCAAAUAGGCCUUUUCGUGAAAUGGAGACUCGAGGGAACAGAGGAUGAGAUGUUUUUCUCGAGGUAUCAAACAAUGAAACGGUAAUGUUCGUUAGCCGGAGACGAGAAGUCUCUUCAUCUUCUCAUAAAGCUGUGAAAGGCAUGGUUAUCUUGGCCUCCUUAAAGUCCAAGUACCAGAAGCUUAAUAUUCGGCAAAUAAUAUUUAGGUUUUUAUUAAUCAACAAAAAAGUAACUAGUGUAAAAAAAAAAUCAAGGAUUUUUUUCUCUAUUUUUCACUGUUGCCAGUCAACCAGACUGAAAUAACUGCCCCUUGCAAACACAUAAUCAGGCAUAUAUAUGCAUUGCUAAGCUAAUUUGUAGGUUGCUAGCUGCAAUUUGAUAUUUUCAACUAUUGCAUUAAGAACAGAGAUUUAUCAUCCACACAAAAAACUAAAGCUAUAUAUAGAGUGAAGAGUACAUUUGUUUUAAAUGCUUUUAUUGUGAAACAUUUCAUUCUUAAAAAGCUUUCAAACGUGUGACUUCCUGCUUUUUUAAAUUGUGCCUUAUUAGUCGGUUUAAUAUAAUGACGUCACGGUGGGUAAACAUAUUUUUUUCAUCCAUGAUCUCGCUAUG